CUGCGCGGUGAUGAUUCUUGUUGUUCUGUCCUGAGAGCAGACCAUCAGGAGAGAGAGGCCCUUGCUCCCUUCACAGGGGUCAAAGUAAACAGAGCCAGUGACUGCUCUUGGCUUGAGCAGGGUUGAGAUGGCCGUCGCAUACUGCUGCCUCUCCCUGUUUCUCAUAUCCACUUGGGUGGCUCUGCUGCUGCAGCCCCUGCAGGGUGUCUGGGGAGCCCCCCUGGAGCCAAUGUACCCAGGGGACUAUGCGACACCUGAGCAGAUGGCACAAUAUGAAACUCAGCUCCGCAGAUACAUCAACACACUGACCAGGCCUAGGUAUGGGAAGAGAGCCGAGGAGAACACAGGUGGACUUCCUGGAGUGCAGCUCCCCCCCUGUACCAGCCCCCCGGUUGGCUUGAUUCCCUGCUCUGCGCCCUGGAGUUGAAGGCAGGGAGCCCUCCCAAGGGACUUGCAGCCUCCCCGUCUCCAGCCCAUGGCUGUAGGACAGUACAGGUCCAGCUCUUUUCCUCUGCAGUCGUACAACAACCUGCUCCCUUGCAAACUAAA